AUGGCAGCCGCCGACAGGACCAGAGGUGGUGCUUUGAUGGAGAGUCAGGCGGAGCAGGGCUUGAAACUCUUGAAGGCCACAGAGGCUUCCGGUGCGGAGUACGACGUCACUGCCGCGGAAGCAUACCGGAAAGAUGUUGAAGUCCAGAUCGCCAAGCUGGAGAUGGAGGCCACGCAGCUCACCGGCAAGGACAACAAGAAGGAGCGUUCCGCCAAGGGCAAAGAGGUGGCUGACCUGAAGAACGAGCACAAGUAUGUUGAUGCCUGCAAGAUCGUGAAGGGUUUAGAGCCGAAGUUUGGCUUCUUCAUCACGAAAGAAGCCGUGCGGCCGGAGAUCGAGGUCGCAGAGCCUGCCCCGGAA